AUGGCAUCCAUAACACCCUCCACACCAAAAACCGUCGCUAAAGAGAUAGUUACUGAGUUCGGAACAUUCAUCCGUAUCUUUAGCGACGGUUCAAUAGAAAGACCAUUACAAUCUCCUUUUGUCCCUCCAAUUCUCAAUGACCCUAAGACAGGACAUUCAUCCAAAGACAUCAUAAUCCCACACAACCCCACAGUUUCAUCUCGAAUCUACCUUCCAAAAAUCACAAACCCAUCUUCCAAAUUUCCAAUCUUGGUCUAUUUUCACGGCGGCGCUUUCCUCUUCGAGUCCGCAUUUUCUCAACUCUACCAUCAACAUUUGAAAACCUUAGCAUCACAAGCAGACAUUAUAAUAUUGUCGGUAGAGUAUCGUCUGGCUCCUGAGCAUCCUGUCCCUGCAUGUUACCAUGACUGUUGGGCUGCACUCAAAUGGGUAUCUUCUCAUUCCAACAACACCCUCAACAAUCCAGAACCAUGGUUGGUUGAACAUGGCGAUUUCGCUAGGGUUUUCAUUGGUGGUGAUAGUGCUGGUGGUAACAUUACUCACAACAUUGCAAUUCAAGCUGGAGCUGAAUCAUUACCUUGUGAUCCUGAGAAUAAUCUUUUUCAUCAAGUUUGGCAUUUGUGUUACCCAAAUUCACCUCAUGGAAUUGAUAACCCUUUGGUGAAUCCUUUGGGAGAAGGUGCACCUAGCUUGGAAAAACUUGGUUGUUCUAGAAUUCUUAUUUGUGUUGCUGAAAGAGAUAAGUUAAGAGAUAGAGGAGUUUGGUAUUGGGAGAAUGUGAAGAAAAGUGGGUGGAAUGGGAGAUUGGAAUUGUUUGAAGAGAAAGAUGAGAAUCAUGUUUAUCAUUUGUUCAAACCAGAAUCUGAGAGUGCAAACACAUUUAUCCAACUAUUGGUUACUUUUGUACGAGAGUGA